AUGGGCAAGUGCGGGAGCAAGCCGCAGGUCGUGGCGUCGAAGCAGCCACCGGGCAAGGAGCCGGCGCCCCUGCUGUCCCUGCGCGACGAGCCGCCGCCGGGCGAGGACGCCAAGGCCGAGGGCGACCCCCCGCGCGGCGACACGCCCUACAUGACCUUCCGCGGCGGCGCUUUCAUCGACGAGGCGCUCGCGCGGCGCGCGUUCCGGCCGCCGCCGCCGCUCGGCGCCGAGGAGCCCGCGGAGUCGGACCCGAUCCUCGACUACGAGCUCGACGACGCCAACGCCGUGCGGGCCCAGCUCACGCCGGCGGCGCUGGACCUGGCGGAGUCGCACCGGUCCUACCACGGCCUGCGGCGCACGCUCAGGGGCUACUGGACGUACCCGGACCGCGUGACCGAGAUGGUCGCGUCGCUGGAGAAGUUCGAGGCCUUCCGGAGGCGCUUCGGCCUGGACGAGCUCGCGAACGACGAGCCCGGCGCGCGCGCGGACUGCGCGCGGCUGCUCAACUUCUGGGACAACAUGAAGUUCUGCGGCUACGACGCCUACGGCCACCCGGUCAUCACCGAAACGGUCCACGAGACGCUCGCGCGCGUCAAUUUGGCCGACGAGGACCCCGAGGACCUCCUGAAGGGGCGCACGGUCUGCACGGAGGCGUUCAUCGCCCUCAAGCACCUCGCGACGCGCCGCCACAACUCGGACGUCACGGUGCUCAAGCAGGUCCUGAUCGUCGACAUGGACCGCGUGCGUUUGCGCAUGGUCACGUCGCGCGUGCGGAGCCGCUUCAAGGUCAUCAUGAAGACGCUCGAGGACGUCUACCCGGAGGUCGCCUGGCGCACCUACGUCGUCAACUGUGUCGUCAACGCGCCGGGCUACCUCCGCGUGAUCUGGACCGUCGUCGAGUCCAGGGCGGGAACAGCGCGCGACGUCAAGUCGUGGCUCCACCCGACGACGGCGAUGAAGGUGCGCAUCCUGGGCACGGACCGCGACUUCGCGCGGGCGCAGAUGCUCGCCGACGGCGUGCCCGAGGACGCCGUGCCCGCGUCCUGCGGCGGCGGCGCCGUGGAGGUGUCGCUCGCGGAUCUGUUCGCCGGAUCGCCGGAGCUCGCGGCCAUCUACGGCGCGCCCGCGGCCGCGGAGCCCCUCGAGGCGCCGCGCGUCGCCGCGCCGCCGCGCGCGCGCAAGGCGCCGUCGGACGCGAAGAAGGCCGAGCUCGCGGCCGAGGCGGCCGCGUCGACGACGGGCUACCUCGGCGGCAAGGCGAAGAAGGGCGCGAAGAAGGAUGAGGGCCCGGAGGAGGGCGCCCCGCUCACGCCCGAGGACGAGGCGAAGAUGUACCUCGCGACGUGCCAGUCGCUCCAGAUGCAGCUCGCGGACCGCACCGAGGCCAUGAACAAGGCCCAGGAGGAGAAGCGCACCCUCGACGAGAAGGUGUCGAAGAUCCAGGAGGACUUCGCGGAGGAGCAGAAGACGGCCUUCGAGAUCACGCGAGACAUGACGCGGCAGUACAAGGGCAUGCAGGAGCAGCUCGUCGACCGCAUCACGCAGCUGAGCCACACGGUCCAGGAGCUCCAGGACAAGCUCGAGGACGCCGAGCAGCACCUCGAGAAGACCAUGCGCGAGAAGGACCGCAUCAUUUCUUUGAAAGACGAGGAGAUCUCCGCGAUGAAGGCGAAGAUGGAGGACAUGGCGCGCGAGUUCGGCGGCAUGCUCAAGGAGACGCUGGACAAGAUGCGCGAGCGCAUCGAGCUCUCGUCGACGAACCUCGACAUGGAGGGGCCCCUCAUCCCGCCGGCCCACGACAUCGGCGAGUACGGCGCCCAGUGGCCUAUGAUGGUGGAGCCAUUGGACGUGGUCAUUCCCACGGUGACCAAGGACUACCCGACCCUCGGCGAGUGCGUGACGUCCAUCUUCCGCUACGUCGCCGACGUGCGCUUCGUCUGGCUCGUGUCGAAGGAGCGGCCGCCCCUGGCCGACCUCGCCGCCGCCCACGCCGCGCGCGUCAGGUGGGUCGACGAGGCGACGGGCCCGGCGACGUUGAAGGAGGCGUCGAGGCACGUGGGCACGAAGCGGCCGGGCCAGUCCCCGCGCGGCGUCGAGAAGGACUACGGGCGCCUCGGCUGGCUCUACCAGCAGUGCAUCAAGCUCGAGGCGUCGAAGUGGUGCGGCGAGGCCCUGAGCCGGCGCCACCUCAUCGUCGACAGCGACAUCGUCUUCUUCCGGCGCGUGACCAUGGUCGAGGACGGCGUGGCGCUGCUCUCCUGGCAGCCGGAGUACAAGCACGGGCCCUACUUCGAGCACCUGGAUAAAAUCACGGGCGGCCGCGUGCGCCGCGUCGACGAGCGCAUGAGCGGCGUCGCGCACCACAUGGUCUUCGACGAGGCCUGCCUCGACGGCCUGCGCGCGGUCGUGCGCACGGCCACGGGCUCGCCGCUCUGGCGCGCGUUCCUCGAGUACGCCGUCGUGCCCGAGGGCGGCGACAUCGCCGCGGGCUCCGAGUACGAGCUCUACUUCAACUACGCCCUCGCCGAGUUCCCGAAGACGCACCGCGCCCGGGCGCUGCGCAUGCGCGACAACAGCGGCGUCUUCGACCUCGACCCGUCGUCCUACAAGCUGAACGUCAAGGACCACCAUUAUCGGAUGGUCGGAGCGCGCGACGCGGCGCGCGACGCCAGGGACGACCGCGACUGGGACCUCGCCGCCUACCACUGCCGCGUCUUACCGCUGGCGCACUUCGCGCUGAACGCGACGAAGGACGACGCCCUGCGGCGGAGGAUCGCGGCCGACCCGCGCGUCUGCGUCCACAUCCUCAAGGCCCUCAAGGACGCGCCGUCGUUUCGCGCGGCGCCCGCGCCGGACCAGGCGCCUUUGCCGGAGCGGCCCGUGCCGGCGCCGAAGCCUGCGACGAAGGCGGCGCCGCCGCCGCCGGCGUCGUCGGCGCCGAAGCGCGCGCCGAAGCAGGGGUCCUUCGCGGCGUUCAUGGCCGCCAAGAAGGGCGCGGCGCCGGAGCGGACGCCGGCGCCGAAACCGCUCGCGGCGCCGCCGAAGCCGCCGCCGGCGCCCGCGGCACCGCCGACGCCGGCGCCGGCGCCGCCGCCGCCGCGCGAGCCCGAGCGGUCGCCCGAGAAGCCCAGGGCGGCCGAGGCGCCCGUCGACGCGCUCCUGGGCAACCCCGCGGACAUGGUGUCCCAGAUCCACGGCGCCUGGCUCGCGCAGAAGGCGCUCCGGCCCACGGCCUGCGUCAAAGGCGCCUGGGACGGCCCGCCGCCGCGCGACGGCCGGCUCCGGCGGGGUUUAGAGAACCUGUCGACGCUCGUCACGGCGGAGACCUGCGCCACGCUCAAGGUCCACGGCCACUGCUGCGUCGAUGGCGUGCUGCCCCCGGACCUGUGCCGGGCGCUCAAGGCCGAGCUCGAGGCCAUGCGGGCGGCGAACGUCAUGCGGAGCAACCGGUCCUACAACGUCGGCGGCGGCGAGUCGGGCGCCGACGACCGCGCGGCGCUCCACCGGACCAUCGCGGCGGCGACGAACGACGGCGGCGCCAUCACGUUGGACGGGACGACGGUGAAGCGCGGCAUCUGGGAGGCCGAGCCGUACCACCCGGACGUGCAGCAACACGCGCCGCUCUUCCUCGAGCUCUACCGCGACCGGACGCUGAUCCGCGCGCUGGCGCCCCUGCUGCCGGAUCUGGAGAAGCAGGAGAUGCGGCUCCAGGUCAACGACGGCGUCCGCGGCGCCUUCGACUACCACUGCGACUCGUCGCCGGGGCUCGACGCGCGCGAGAUCUCCGCGCUCUUCUACCUCAACGAGGCCUGGGCGCCGGCCCACGGCGGCGAGCUGCGCCUGCUGCCCGUGCCCGAGCCGCCCGCGGCCUUCCCGCCCGUCGCCGGGCGCCUCGUGCUCUUCUCCGCGCACGCGAUGCUCCACGCGACGAAGCCGUCGACUGUGCCGUCGACGGCGCCGCGCUACUGCUUCACGCUCUGGCUCUACGACGACGCGGCGAAGCGGCGCGCCGCGACCAAGGCCCAGCGGGGCCAGAAGAGCGCCCUGUCGGCGCUGCGGUCCGCCGCGGGCAAGCUCAAGCACGCCCAGCACAUGGCCGACUGCCUCGCGGAGCACCACGACGACGCGGCCGCGCGCGCGGCGGCGCUCGAGGGCCACUGGGAGAGCGUCGCGAAGAUGCGCGCGACGGCGGACAAGGUGCCCCAGCUCAAGACCGCCGCGUCGCCGGAGGCCGAGGGCCGCAUCUGGCCCUGGUGGUUGGAGCGGUCGCGGCUCUCGCAGCAGCAGAGCGGCGGCUACGGCACCGACGGCCGGCGGCACCGCGGCGGCCGCGGGGGCCGCGGCGGCCGCGGCGGCGACGGCGGCCGGGGCUUCGGCGGCGCCGCGCAGUGGGCCGGCGCCUACGAGCCCCCGGCCGCGGCGCCGCGCGGCGCGGCCCGGAAGCAGCGGCGGGGCCAGGGCUCCCUCGAGCGGCGGCGCGAGGCGCGGUCCGCGGCGCGCGAGGCCGCGGAGAAGCGCGCGGCCGACGGCACGGCGCUCCGCGUGCUCGCGCCGGCCUUCACGCCGAGCGCGCCGGCCUUCGCGCCGCCGGCCGGCGCGCCCCUCGGCGGGGGCACGGCCCGGGCCACGCCCGCGUUCGCGCCCGCCGCGCCGCCGCCGCCGCGCGCCGCGCCGCUCCCGGGCUUCACCGCGCCGGGCGGCUUCCACACGCUCUUCGGCGGCGACGGCCUCGCGGCGCCGCUCGAGCCGCCGUCGUUGGGCCCGGGCAGCGACGGCGGGAGCAUCAUGGGCUCCGCGCACUGGUCCGGCUGGCAGACGAUCUGCGACAUGCUCCACGACCCCAAGCCGUCGAACCGCGCGUCCGCGGUGCAGACGCUGCGGUCCCUGACCCACGACGGCGACGAGGGCGACGCCCGCUGGCGCGAGGGCGAGAAGGUCGAGCGCGUCUCGCGCCGCGAGGUCGCGCCCGCCUGGGGCGAGCCGGGCCGCGGCGCGUGGGCGUGGGGCGAGGCGACCCGGGAACUCCGCGCGGCCGCGGGCGCGACGAGCCCGCACGCGUCGUGGCGGUCCGCGCCCGACGACGACGGCCACCAGCGGCGGCGCGUCGUGCGCGCCGUCGUCGCCAACGGCGGCGUCGCGCCCCUCGUGGACCUGCUGUCGUCGACGAACAACGCGGAGACGCAGCGCGCGGCCGCGGACGUGCUCCGCAACGUCAUCUCGUCGACGGCGCGCGACGACGCCAACGACCACGAGAUCUUCGUGCCCGACGUGUUGGACGUUGCGGACGACCGGGAGCAGGUCCGCGAGGCGCCGCGCGUCGAGAAGCCCGAGGACGCGUCCUUCGCGGCGAGCGACGGCGCGUCCGGCGGCGACGACAAGGACGACCGCGUGAACCGCCUCAUCAUGGAGGAGGCGGACAUCGUCCAGCCCAUCCUGGGCCUGCUGGAGCACCCGUCGGAGAACGUGCGCACGUCGGCGUUGGGGACCAUGUCGGAGCUCGUGCACAACUCCGAGGAGGCGCGCGCGAAGAUCUUCCAGGAGCCCGAGCUGCUCCCGCGGCUGCUCGACGUCGCCGACGAGCGCGUCGGCUGGAGCCGGCCCGAGGUCGACGCGGCCGAGGCCGUGUCCGUCUUCAAGCUCAUGCUCGACGACGAGCUGAAUUCGGCGUCGGCGCGCGCGGCGAUCUCCGCGCGGCCGGGCGUCGUGAAAUCGAUCGUGGACGCCGCGACGCAAGCUUUGCCGCCCGACGAGGAGGCCGUGCUCCACCGCCUGGGCUGCAGCGUGGGCCAGCCCAUCGACCGGCGCGAGGUCUGGGCCGCGCGCGAGGCGAACGACGCGCUCGUGGGCCUGGGCCGGGAAGGUAGGGACGCGGCCGCGACGGCCGUCGUCAACGUCAUCCAGGCCGACAACGACGGCCGCGAGAACGGUUUCGAGCCGCCCCGCGUCGACGACGACGUCGCCGACGACGACGAGGGCGACGACGGCGACUUCAACCGGCGGCGGCGGAACCUGGCCGCGAUGGCGGCGAUGCGGAAUCUCGUGGACGCGGACGUCGACGAGGACGCGCUGUCCCACAACGGCGACGACGUCCUGCCGCGGCUCCAGGCGCUGCGCGACGCCGGCGGCGUCGACGCCGUCGUCGACCUGCUCGCGGACCGCGACGAGUGGGGCCAGGCGGGCGCCAGGGCAGGACAAGAGAGCGAAAUUCCCAACUUCAAAGGCUCCUUUCUCGGCCGGUUCCCACUCGCGGGCGCGGCGCUGACGCUCCGCGCGCUCGUCCGCGCGGGCGACCAGGGCGGCGCGGCGAAGACGCCGCUGGACACGGUCGAGGAGGCGUCGGAGGAGGACUGCGUCGAGGCGCCGCCGCCCGUGGCCGACGAGGCGCCCGUGGAGGGGUCGCUGCGCGGCGAGCUCGCGCGGACGUCGGCGGUCCCGCGGCUCGUGUCCAUGCUGAGCCGGGGCCGCGAGCGGCCCCAGGCGGCGGUCCAGGCCGCCGGCGCGCUGGUCGCCCUCGUCGGCGACCCGGGCCGGUGCCGCGGCCGCAGCCCGUCGCCCGCGCCGAACCGGCGCGACCGCUCCGCGAGCCGGUCGCCGAGCCCCGUGCGCUCCGAGGCGUCCGAGGAGGCGCCGGAGCCGCCGGAGGGGCCGGACUGGGAGCGGCCGCCGGGCGACGUCAAGGGCGGCUCGUCGGCGAACCGCUUCGACCAGGCCCAGCUCAAGGCGCAGCUGAAGGACGCGAUCGACGCGGACCGGAGCGUCAUCCAGACCAUCGUCGACCUGCUCCAGGACAUGGUCCGCGCGGAGGGCGAGGGCUUCGCCGCGGCCCACGACCUCGCCGAGACGCUGCGCACCAUCGCGUCGUCGGACCUCGUCGCGCGCAUGCGCAUCCGCGACGCGGGCGGCGUGCGGCCGCUCAUGGCCGUGCUCGCGAAAUCGGACGCGGCGCCGCGGCCGCCCGACGCGGCGCGCCGCGGGCCCGACGACCGGCUCUGGCUCGGCGGCGAGGCGCCGCGGGACGCGCCGCGGGCGCGCCGCGACUCGAACGCGCGGUCCGACUCCCAGGAUUCGACGGAGCUCGCCGCGGCCGCGGACCGCACGGAGGCCGCGCCGCUCGCCCGGGCCUGGCUCGGCAACGACGAGCGCGCCGACGGGCGCGACCGGGGGCCGUCGGAGGCGGAGGACGACGCCGGCGCCGCGGAGGAGGCCGCCGAGGCCGCGGGCCCGGCGUCGCCCGCGCCGCCGCCGCCGCGCGCGGCCGCGGCGCGCGCGGCCGACGACAUCGUCGUGCGCCAGGGCCUGCCGGCCUACGAGCUCGGCCUGCACAGCCGCAUCACGUCGCACCCGUCGGGCUUCCGCCGCUGGCACGUCACGCACGAGCUCGUGGCGAACUCGCGGCGCCGCGUCCGCGAGGCGGAGCGCGACGCGCGGCGCAUCGCGCGGCUCGCGGAGCUGUUGCGCCAGGAGAAGGUCGACCUCGUGGACAUGAUCCGCGGCGCCACGGUCGCCGGCGCGACGUCGGGCCUCGCGCAGCGGUCCGACGACCAGCGCGUGUCCGGCCUCGCGUCGUCGCGCGACGCGCGCCUCGAGGAGGAGCUCCGCCGCGGCCCGCGCGCCGUCGCGCUCGAGACGCGCGGCGCCGGCCGCGACGAGCGCGAGCGCGUCGCCGUCGCGGGCUACGGCAAGGCCGCGGAGACGCCGCGGCGCCACCGCCACGGCGGCACGACGCCGGGCCUCGUCCAGUACGACGUCGUCCAGAGCGACCUCCGCAGCCUCAAGCUCCUCCAGCGCCGCGUCCGGCUCGAGACCGCGGCCCACGAGACGGCGACGCACGCCGACGAGGAGGUCGACCCGGCCGCGGGCGACCGCGAGGGCGACCUCACCACGGAGCUCCACCUCCUCGACUCGACGCUCAGCGCGCUCGGCGAGAUGCGCGACGUGUCAAACUACCGGCAGAAGAUGGGCUGGCUCGAUGGCAUGUCGUUGGAGCUCACGCUCGAGGGCGACGAGUGCCUGCGGUUCGUCGACGACCCCUACCUCAAGCCGUUCAACGAGUACGGCGAGGUCGGCUGCUACAAGCACGACGGCGUCAUCCGCGGCCGCGUCACCGCCAAGGCGAGCACGAAGCUGCCCGUCUACGUGAACCAGAUCACGAUCGCCUUCGAGCAGUUCUCGACCUACAACAAGUCCAUCGAGGGCCACACGCUCGCCUUCCGCGAGUGGACCGUCGCCGACUCGGAGAAUCUGAAAUUGGACGACCGCGGCGCGACGCUGCCCUUCGAGAUCGACCUCUCGGAGGUCUACCCGAGGGACGGCCUCCGGCCGACCUACGCGGGCACGCUCUACUACAUCCGCCACCAGAUCUUCGCCAAGGCGCACAAGCCCUGGUACUCCUUCUCCGGCGGCUUCGUCGAGGCGCGCGCGCCCGUCCACCUGCUCCGCGUCCACUCGGCGCCCGCGCGAUCCGUCGCGGCGCUGCCCGGCCUGCCGCCGCCCCACAUCUUGACGCUCGACGACGUCGCGCCGGGCGCCACGGUGGUCUUCGACUACGGCAAGAACUGCCACGACCUCGACGGCGCCAUCGCGGGCGACGUCGUCUUCAGAGGGCUCGGCGACGCGAAAGUCGCGUUCGCCAAGGUCGAGCUCGUCAAGGUCGAGUUCGCCGAGCUCCUCUCCAUGGACACGGCGGUCUGGACGACGGUGCUCCACCCGGCCAAGGCGAGCAAGGGCUGGCUCAAGAACAAGGUCGUCAAGAGCGAGGAGGAGGACGGCGACGACGCCGUCGAGCUCGUCGAGCCCGGCGGCAUGGGCGGCGACGUCUUCAUCCCGCCGGCGUCGGCCGGGGGCUUCUCCGAGGACCGGACCUUCUCCGUGACCUGCGACCUCGCCGGCCUCGACCCGGACGGCGACGGCCGCGGCCGGUCGCUCACGCCGUCCUACCGCAAGCUCGCGCUCGAGAACGUGCCGGACAUCGCCACGGACGCCGCGGAGCCCCGGAGCCCGUCCAAGUCCGCCGCCUGCUCGCCGACGGGCGGCGCGGACAUGGACGACGCGCGAACCUUCCCCGACGCCGACGACGACUGGGAGUUCGACGUCGGCGGCGAGGGCGUCGCGGAGACGGCCUACUUCCUCAAGCUCACGGCGAUCACGGCCGCGGGCGCCAAGUGCUGGGCCACGAAGAAGAUCUACCUCUACAAGUCCAAAGCCAACACGCUCCAGAAGACCAUCGAGAUCGACCUCUAG